UUUUUGUUUUGAUAGGUAGGCCAACCAGGAACAAAACAGUAUGGUCGCAUUCAUCAAUCUGCUGUGUCUUCUAUUCUGUGUACAUGUUGAGGCACAGGAUGCUGCCCCUGAGCAGAUACACCUGUCAUAUGGGGCUGAACCAAGUCACAUGGUUGUGACAUGGAGUACCCAAAAAAUCUCAAAUGGAACCAUGUGUGCCUACGGACUCGACUCAUCACUAGCUUCUACUGCUACUGGAUUCUCUGUCAAGUUUUCUCAGUCCAGUUCAGGGUCAAGUGUUAACCACACACAGUACAUACACAGAACAACACUGGUGAACCUCAAGCCAGGGGUGAAGUAUUUCUAUCGUUGUGGUGAUGGGGUCCAGAUGAGUCCCGAGCUUUACUUCUUUUCUAAGAGGACAGACACUAAAUGGAGUCCAUCUAUAGCCCUGUUUGGUGACAUGGGUAAAACGAAUGCCCAGUCACUCAUCAGACUGGAGAAAGAUGUUCAAAAGAACAUGUAUGAUGCCAUUUUCCAUGUAGGUGACUUUGCCUAUGACAUGGACUCGGAUAAUGGUCAAGUUGGUGAUAGUUUUAUGAGGAACAUUCAGCCAAUUGCAGCACAUGUGCCUUACAUGACUUGUCCAGGUAACCACGAGGAGAAAGGAAACUUUUCUAACUACAAGAACCGGUUUACCAUGCCAACAGAUGAGCUUAGUGAGCGCAUGUUUUACAGUUUUGACAUGGGUCCCAUACAUGUCAUAUCCUUUUCCACGGAGUACCUGUUUUUCCUGCAGUUUGGUUUUGAACAGAUUCUCAAUCAAUACAACUGGCUGAAACAGGAUCUAGAGAAAGCCAAUCGUACUAAAACGCCCUGGAUAAUGACAAUGGGUCACAGACCAAUGUACUGUAGUAACAAUGACCGCGAUGACUGUACCCAUGAAGAAAGUCUGGUACGAGUUGGGAUACCCUUCAUUCAUGCCUACAGCCUGGAACAACUCUUUAAAAAGUAUGAUGUGGACUUGAUGUUCUGGGCUCAUGAACAUUCCUAUGAACGUCUUUGGCCUGUCUAUGACAGAACUGUGUUCAAUGGUACCAAAUAUCCUUACACAAAUCCCGGGGCCCCUGUCCACAUCACCACUGGUUCCGCAGGAUGUUCUGAGGACCAUGACAACUUCGGCCAUGCAAAUCAAUGGUCAGCCUUCCGCAGUACGGACUAUGGAUACACACGCAUGAAGGUCUUCAAUGCCACUCACAUAUACAUCGAGCAGGUCUCCGAUGACAAGGAUGGCAUGAUCAUCGACAAGAUUUGGUACAUCAAGGAAUGUCAUGGUAACAUCAGGUUUAAUGAACAAGGCCAUUCCUCAUACUGUUGAUGCACGACUCAUGAAAUGUACAGAUGUUUUGUCAGAUGUUGUUAUACUACAUUGAUUGUGAAACAAUAAAGCCCAUCGGUUUAUCUGUAAUAUAUCAGUAAUAACAUGUAAAUGUCUGGUACUUUAUAUCUAGUUUCUGAUUUUAUUGUGAUAACAUUGUUGUGUUUAUAACUAAAAUUACAUGUAGGAACAAGUUUUGUCUUAACCAAGAAAAGCAUUAUAUAAUGUCAUUUUAUGAUUUCUGUGGUGGGAAAUUUUCUUGUCCCACUCAAUAGUAAACUACUGCAUGAAUUUAAUCAUAUAGCCAAGAAAGGUCAAAACUAGAUGACCUUGUCAUGUAUAGAUUUCAACAUUUCGGGAGGUUGCGUACAUUUCUCACUAUAAAGGUAACAGCAUCAUUCACAUCAAUUAAGAUAAGAUGCCCAAAUUUUUCAGAUAUAUUCUCUAAUUAUAGUCAGUAGGCUGCUACCAAUGGAAGUGUCUACUUAAAUACUGAUAGCCAUUGUUUAUUGUACAGUAUAUUGUUCACUAACAAGCCAUAUUUUUCCAUGUUAGAGAAAUAUUGAAAUCUUUUACAAAGUUUAACCUUGUUCCUGAUUUAUAGGUAUCAAAAUUAUAUAAUUAUAAACCAUGUGCCUCUGAUAAACCGAAAUAUUACACAAAUAUUGCAUCACAAGAAGUAAAAUCUAAUUUUCAUAAAUGAUUAGAUUUCUAUUUCACCAUAGUCUAAGCAUAUAAUACUGUAUAUAUUUUCCUACUACCUGUCUGUAUUUGAGUUAGAUUUUAUUUUUUGAACUGUGCCUCUCAAUAUUGCUGCCUGAUAGUAGUUAUACUGUUCUUACCUUAGAGAUACUGCAUACUAUAUUUUGAUAGCAUAACGAACUUGAUGGACCUUGGAGGUUCUUUUAAUAGAGUGUUUAGUAUGAAGUGCAAGAACACUGUAAGAUUUUAAGCAUGCAAUUACUGUUUGAAUAUUUUGUGAGACUACUAUAUAAUUUUUUAUGUACAUUUUAUUUUAAUUUCAAUAUAAGAUAUUUUUAUGAUAGAAUGUAUGUAAAAUUAUAUGUCUGUAUUAAAAUGACAUUUGAGAUGGGAAACAGCACUAAUUAUAAUGAUGUAUCAUAAGGUUAUUAUAGAUAAAAUCAUUAAUAUUUAUGUAUGAAAUCAAGAAAAAGUUUAUUUUUAGUUGCUAAUAUCAAUCAUCUCGGAACUCAUUCAUAAUAAUUCUGUGAAACCAUUGAUUGAAGUUGCCACCUUUAUACAUUGGGUUCUGGCCUUAGUUAAAGUUGGAAACUGACCAUUUUACAAAUGUACUUACAUGACUAUGCCGACCUUGGCUGAGGUUUGGAACUGCAUGUCUACUGAUACAGUUUGGUCAUAAUUUGAGAAUAUGACCUGUCGUGUCAGCGUUAUUUUUUUCCUUCCUAACAUGCUGCUCAUGUAUUAUCCAUGCUUUGUCACAUUCCAUGUUUUGUGAUACAUAUUUUCACAAUUAGUUUUGGAUUGAUUUUUUUUGGGUGAACAUAUUUGCAUUAAUUUUGUUCUUUUGAUCUUUGAAUUGAUAUUACUUGUAGAUUGUGUAUAUCACAUGAAAUGUUAAUGAUUGGAUUUGUAACAGUUGUUGUAAAUUAUUAAUCAUGGUGAAUUACACAAAUUGUCUAAAUGGAUAGGUAUUGUGGACUGUGAAGGAUACUGAGUCGGAGUGUUGAUGGACUGUGAAGGAUACUAAGUCAGUGUUGAUGGACUGUGACGGAUACUAAGUCAGAGUGUUGAUGGACUGUGACGGAUACUAAGUCAGUGUUGAUGGACUGUGACGGAUACUAAGUCAGAGAGUUGAUUGACUGUGAUGGAUACUAAGUCAGAGAGUUGAUGGACUGUGAUGGAUACUAAGUCAGUGUUGAUGGACUGUGACGGAUACUAAGUCAGAGUGUUGAUGGACUGUGACGGAUACUAAGUCAGUGUUGAUGGACUGUGACGGAUACUAAGUCAGAGAGUUGAUUGACUGUGAUGGAUACUAAGUCAGAGUGUUGAUGGACUGUGAUGGAUACUAAGUCAGAGUGUUGAUGGACAGUGAUGGAUACUAAGUCAGAGUGUUGAUGGACUGUGACGGAUACUAAGUCAGUGUUGAUGGACUGUGACGGAUACUAAGUCAGUGUUGAUGGACUGUGACGGAUACUAAGUCAGAGUGUUGAUGGACUGUGAUGGAUACUAAGUCAGUGUUGAUGGACUGUGACGGAUACUAAGUCAGAGUGUUGAUGGACUGUGAUGGAUACUAAGUCAGAGUGUUGAUGGACUGUGACGGAUACUAAGUCAGUGUUGAUGGACUGUGACGGAUACUAAGUCAGAGUGUUGAUGGACUGUGAUGGAUACUAAGUCAGAGUGUUGAUGGACUGUGAC